AUGGUGCCUUGUGUUUAAUAUAUCCAAAUCAUUCUAAAGGGAUUUGUUUGCAUUAAUCUCUAUUGCAGAAGUUGUUGCUGUACAAUGGGAUAUUGUACGCAACAGCAAAGUACUGCCAUAAGAAUUGUAGCCUACUAGGCAAGACGGCCGCCAAAUAUCGCUGAUUUGACAUAACUUGCAAACCCGGAAAUUCUUAGUUCCUUGCCAUCGUCCUCGCCGAUGUUUAAGGGUAGUAAAAAUAGCCUCGUCUCAUCAAACCAACCAGAAAUCCGUUCCCCGCCAGGAAUAUUUCCCUAGGUUUAGUCAUUUGUACUCCUCCGUAGCCGAGAUAGCCGAGUUUUAGUUUAAAAUAAAAAGACGCUUUCUCAUUCGUCUGCUUCUGUGAAACCUUAUCAACCAACCGCUCUGUUCUUUUCGUCGUCAAGCUUUGCAGUUUUUACUUGAAAAAAUAAAAAAUAAAUCUCGAAUUCUGUGGUGAUCAAGGUGUUUUCAGGUUGCCCGACCGUUCACUGUUGCCGACGUUGUAACUGAUUAGUUCCAAAAUGGUUGUGAAAUUUUACAUUUCCAUGGUUUCUGGAAAUAAAGAGAUGAAAAAGCGACAAAUGAAGGCACAGCUUAUCAUGGAGAGCAAAGGUGUCAAUUUUAAGGUGAUAGACAUUUGUGACCCAAACAACGAGGAUGAGAGGACUUUCAUGAGGAAGAAUGCUGUCGGCAGGAACAAUGCUAGGAAUGCUGUUCCACCACAGUUUUUCAAUGAUGAUCAUGAGGAUUCUUAUUGUGGGGAUUAUGAAGGCUUUGAUGAGGCAGUUGAAAAUGAUCGCAUUGAAGAAUUUUUGAAGUUACCUCGUGGAUCGCUUCCUCAGGUACCCAUCAUCAAUCACAGUAUCUCAACUCACAGCAGUAGGGAUGUCUCAUUGGAGAAAGAGGUUGUUGCUCCACAAGUCAAUGGAGCUGUCCCUAGUCCCAGACAAAGUCCUGAAAAAGUAAAAGAGGAAGAGGUUAAAGAGGAAGAAGAGGAGGAGGAGGAGGAAGAAGAGGAAGAAGAGGGUGAAGAUGAAGAUUCAAUGGAAAUGGAGACCACAGUGGCCACUGCUGACAGUAUCACUGAAUUAAAAUACAAAAAGCUACCUGGGGGAGAUGCAACAACUGCUAUUAUUACCGAGGAGGAGGUGAAAGUAGAAGAAGUAAAACAAGAGCAAACUGAACAGGAAGAAGAAGACGAGGAAGAAGAAGACGAUGAGGAGGAAACAGCUUUACCUCACGAAGAUGAUUCGAUGGAGAUGUCUGACCACGGUGGCCACUGCUGAACGUUUCACUGAGUUCUCUUACAAACAGCUUCCAGGGGAAGUUUGAACAACAAAAGGACGAAAGAAACCAGAUUUUACAUCAACUGCCGUAUUCGCCGCCUGUCCACCAUCGAGUUGGUGUAUUUCUCUACCGAUGAUACCAAAGCGACGAGCAUUUGUCGCCAUUUGAAUAUUUGGGUGAACUGCUGAAUUGGAAUCAUAUAUACAUAUGAAUUUUUCUUUUUGUUUUUACCGACCUUUUUAAAUUUGCUCCCCUCCCGUUUAAAUCUGCCCUCUUCAAAUCUUAUUUAAAAUACCCAGCAUUUUAAUUCUGUUACGUUUACCUGUACGUGUGACUUUGAUGUGUGUAACAACUUCCCGUGUAACGUUUAACUUAAAGUAACCCUGGAAAAUUUGACUCAAAAACAAAAACAAAAUUGUAGCGAAAGUUGUUGCUCAUUGUUUUCUUUAAGAUUUUCGAACGGAAAACCAAUUAUGUAGGAUAAAUGAGGGAGAACUUUAUAAAAAUCAUUUCAGUGACUA